AUGCGCGUGUUAAAUUACGCAUCACAACCUUCCUGGAUGGGUCUGCUGGCUGCAGCUCUACUGGGCACUUCAACUGUGCAAGCGAUAGAGCUGGAUCUUGAUGAUGGAGAUUCUAUCAAAAAGGCAGCCAAAGAGGUCGCCACCAACAUGAUGAGUUACUACACCGGUAUGAAUCCUGGUGACAACCCAGGUAAUUUGCCGGAUCCUUACUACUGGUGGGAGGCUGGUGCAAUGUUCAACUCCCUUAUCGAUUACUGGUUCUACACGGGCGAUGAUACUUGGAACAACAUCACGACACAAGCUAUGCUCUGGCAGGCUGGAGAGAACAAAGCAUUCAUGCCGGCCAACCAGAGCAAAACCGAAGGAAAUGACGACCAAGUCUUUUGGGCCUUCGCUGCUAUGACCGCAGCGGAGCGAAACUUCCCAAACCCACCAGAAGGCCAACCCCAAUGGCUUGAAAUGGCCCAGGCUGUCUUCAACACUCAAGCUCCCCGGUGGGACAAUUCUACAUGUGGUGGUGGCUUGCGCUGGCAGAUCUUUACGUGGAACAAUGGCUACAAUUAUAAGAACACCAUCUCGUCUGGCGGGUUCUUCAAUCUUGCUUCUCGUCUGGCAAAAUACACCAAAAAUCAAACGUACCACGAUUGGGCUGAAAAGGCCUGGGACUGGACUGCCGAAGUUGGAUUCAUGACCCCCGAGUAUCGCUUCUAUGAUGGAGCUAGUGACCUCACUGAGUGCAAGCCAAUCAACCAGAUUGAAUGGACUUAUAACGCUGGAGUAUACUUGCUCGGUGCAGCUAAUAUGUAUAAUUUGACCGAAGAACCCAAAUGGAAGGAGCGCACUGAAAAAAUCAUUGAUGCUUCCAGUGUUUUCUUCUCUCAGGACGUGAUGUACGAGCGAGCCUGUGAGACCGUCAACACUUGCAUGGUCGACCAGCGGUCUUUCAAGGGCUAUUUUUCCCGCUGGAUGGCUCAAACUGCUCAGAUGGCCCCUUUCGUAUACGACACAGUCAUGAAACGGCUAAAGGCCUCUGCUAAGGCUGCUGCCAAUACUUGUACCGGUGGUAUCAACAAGAAUGUGUGUGGUCUCAAGUGGACAGAUCAAAAGUGGGAUAAGACGAAAGACUUUGGCCAGCAGAUGGCUGCCCUUGAAGUCAUUCAAGCGAAUCUGAUCACGCGUGUGGCAGCCCCGGUCACCAACGAUGACGGUGGGACGAGUAAAGGGAACCCAAAUGCAGGUACUAAGCCCCCCAAAACAAUUCCGCCCGCUCUCGACUACGACAUAACUGCAGGCGACAAGGCUGGUGCAGGUAUUUUGACCGUGCUGUUUAUGAUUGGCAUUGGCGGUUCCACUGGAUGGCUGAUUUGGGAUUGA